AUGUCCACCAAUAAGGAUCCCCGCGCAAUCAACUACAUCAAAUAUCAUUUCGAGAGGGAUGACAGGAUUCAGGUGAUAUUUAUACACGACGAGACAAAUGGACCCAGACAGGAUCCGGACGUAACCAGUGCUAGCGGCCAACUUGCCGCGGAAAGACAGGCGAAUGCGGGUAGAGGCCCAUCUCCCGCAACUUUCUUCACCCCAGGCGAUUCGAUUAGUUCUAAUUCGCAUACCGCACACUUCAGAUCUGCCGGACCGUUCACAACUACAUCCGGCACUUACUGGACCAGUAAAUCAAGGGACGUCUUAGAAAGUCCUCCCCCGACGGAUGGGGACCGCCCUUUCCCUGUGGGGACAAUGUGGGUGCAUGACGUAGCUCCCAACAAAGACCGCGAAGCAGUACGACAAGUGUUCGUGCGGAAUGUGACUGACGAAUGGGUUAUUAUUCCUGGCGACCUUGUGGAGAGUGGACAACGAUUUGCCCAUCCAACACUCUCCAACCGGUAUUUCUGUAUUGAUGCUGGUGGACGACCGAAAUGGCUCAAGUCGGAUACCCUCGAUAAGAAGGAACGAGAGCAGAAAAAGGCUGGAAUUCGAGGUGACGUCGUGGUCAUCGCUGCUGUCAAUGAAAGUAAGAAGCGAAAACGUGUCGCCUUCGACGUUGACCAUGAGCCCUCUGGAACUGGACGAAAACGAGCUCGAUCUUCCACCCCUCAUAUUCGGGUGAUCAAUCCUGCGCCUGCUACUCGUCGGGUAGCCGCACGGAGCAGAAGUGCUAUUGUAUUGGGGGACGACGCUUAG